AUGGAUGGGUUUGUUAUGCCAACAAUUAUUGUUACUGACAGAGAGCUAGCCUUGAUGAAUGCCAUACAGAAGAUAUUCCCGAGUUCUAGACAUUUAUUAUGUCGUUGGCAUAUCAGUAAGAAUGUAUUGACCAAUUGCAAGAAAAUGUUUGAGACACAGCAGAAAUGGGAGAAGUUCAACCAUGAGUGGAACUCUUUAGUGUAUUCAUCUUCUGAAAUUCAAUACAAUGAGCGUCUUAAAUCAGUACUUAAGGAAUUCAGUAGUUAUCCUGAUGCAGUCAAAUACGUCAUGGAUACUUGGUCGGUUCCUUACAAGGACAAAUUUGUGGCGGCAUGGACAGACACGUGUAUGCAUUGUGGCAAUGUUACUUUUCUUCAAUAUGUUAUUAAUAAGUGCCAUGUACUUGAUUUUAAUUUGACUUACAUUGAAUUGAACAGGGCUGAGAGUGCACAUGCAAAACUUAAAAGACAAUUGGGUUCAUGUCAAGUCUCAUUUCAGGCAUCAUUUGAGAAAAUACACAGUCUGCUUGAGUUGCAACACACUGAUAUCAAGGCUUCAUUUGAGAAAAGUCUAACUAUUGUGCAACAUCAAUUUAAACCUUCUCAAUUCAGGGAGCUACGGGGUAAUGUGUCUAUCUCUGCAUUGGAGUAUUUGCUUGUAGACAGUAAGAGAGCCAAUUCCAUUGGUAUUGAUGUUGAAGCUUGUGGAUGCGUCCUUCGCCACACUCAUGGUUUACCUUGUACCCAUGAGAUUGCUGACUACAUCAGACAAGAUCGUCCUAUACCACUUGCUACCAUACACUCACAGUGGAGGCAACUUCAUAUCUCCAUAUGCAAGAAAGAAGAGGAAACGAAGGUGACUUGUCAUGCAGAAGUAGAGUUGUUUGUGAACAAGUUUAAUGAAAGUGAUAGAACCAUGCGGUUGGAGAUUUUGAAGAAGUUGAAAGAGAUUGUAUAUCCGGGAAGCACUUUUCUUGUUGAGCCGGAGGACACUCAAAUCACUACAUUAGCUUCUACUCUGCAAACCAAGAAGAAACGACCUGUUAAGGAAAAGGAGAAGGUGAAUCCGAAAGGGAAGGUAUACAUUAAUAGAACAGUGAAACCAAGUGCAUAUGUUGAUGCUUUCCCUGCUGGAUUGAAACCAUACAUUAAGUUUGUCAAGGAUGUAGCUGCAGAUGGGAAUUGUGGUUUCAGGGCUAUAGCUGUUUCAAUUGGUCAUACAGAAGAUGAUUGGGCUCAGCAAUGUCUCACCUUUUUACCUCUUAGAACAGUGCCAGUACCUCAACUUGAUAGACGUGAGAUUGCCAUUGGGUUUGUAAACGGAAAUCAUUUCUUCCAGGUUUUGUUGCAGCCAGGCCAUCCAGCUCCUCCUAUAGCCACUAAUUGGCGAAAAUACCGUUCACCUUGCGCUGUCGACUGGGAUGAUGCAUAUGCGCAUCGCAUUCAACAUUUCAAGGACAUUAUUCAUGAUAAUGUAGCUACUCGAGAGACAUUUGAUGUUGUUGAUAUCGCAUGA